AUGCGCUCUCUCACGCGCACUAUUACGCACACUCUCACGCGCUCUCUCACGCACGUUCUCACGCGCUCUCUCCUGCGCUCUCUGACGCACUCUCGCACACGCUCUCUCACGCUCUCUAACGCACUCUCUCACGCGCUCCCUCACGCGCUCCCUCACGCGCACUCUCUCGCCCAUUCUCUCUCUCUCUCUCUCUCUCUCUCUCUCUCUCUCUCUCUCUCUCUCUCUCUCUCUCUCUCUCUCUCUCUCUCUCUCUCUCUCUCACGCGCUCUCUCGCGCGCUCUCUUGCGCGCUCUCUCACUCGCUCUCUCGCUCGCACUCUCACUCGCCCUCUCACGCGCUCUCUCACGCGCACUAUCACGCGCUCUCUCACAUGCUCUCUCACACAAUCUCUCACGGGCUCUCACGCAUUCCGUCGCACUCCCUCUCGCGCACUCUCUUGCGCAUUCUCUCUCUCACACGCUCUCUCAUGCACACUCUCUCGCACACUCUCACGCGCUCUCUCACGCGCUCUUUUAUGCAAUCUCUUACGCGGUCCUUCACGCGCUCUCUCACGUGCUCUCUCACGCACUCUCUCACGCACUCUCUCACGCGCUCUCUGACACUGCUCUCUCACACGCUCUCUCACGCGCUCUCUCACGCGCUCUCUCACGCGCACUCUCACGCGCACUUGUCUCUCACACACUCCCUCACGCGCUCUCUCACGCACUCUCUCACGCGCUCCCUCACGCGCUCUCUCACGUGCACUCUCACGCGCUCGCGCUCUCUCACUCGCACUCUCACGCACACUCUCACACACACUCUCACGCGCACUUUCACACGCACUCUCACGCGCUCUCACACGCUCCCUCACGCGCUCUCUCACGCACUCUCUCACGCUCUAUCUCACACACUCUCUCACGCGCUCUCUCACGUGCUCCCUCACGCACUCUCUCACGCGCUCUCACAUGCGCACUCUCACGCGCUCUCUCACAUGCUCUCUCACACAAUCUCUUAUGCGCUCUCUCACGGGCUCUCACGCAUUCCUCCUUCACACGCUCUCUCACGCGCUCUCAUGCACUCUCUCACGCACUCUCUCACGCGCUCUCUGACACGUGCUCUCUCACGCGCUCUCUCACGCGCUCUCUCACGCGCACUCUCACGCGCACUUGCUCUCUCACACGCUCCCUCACGCGCUCUCACGCACUCUCUCACGCGCUCCCUCACGCGCUCUCUCACGCGCACUCUCACGCGCUCUCUCACGCGCUCACGCUCUCUCACUCGCACUCUCACGCGCACUCUCACGCACACUCUCACGCGCACUUUCACACGCAUUCUCACACGCUCUCACACGCUCCCUCACGCGCUCUCUCACGCACUCUCUCACGCUCCCUCACGCACUCUCUCACACACUCUCGCAUGCGCACUCUCACAUGCUCUCACACAAUCUCUUAUGCGCUCUCUCACGGGCUCUCACGCAUUCCGUCGCACUCCCUCUCGCGCACUCUCUUGCGCAUUCUCUCUCUCACGCGCUCUCUCAGGCACACUCUCUCGCACACUCUCACGCGCUCUCUCACGCGCUCUUUGAUGCAAUCUCUCACGCGGUCCUUCACAUACUCUCUCACGCACUCUCUCACGCGCUCUCUCACGCGCUCUCUCACGGGCUCUCAUGCACUCCCUCACGUGCUCUCUCUCGCGCACUCUCUUGCGCAUUCCCUCUGUCACGCGCUCUUUCUUGCGCACUCCCACGCGCUCUCUCAUGCGCACUCCCACGCGCUCUCUUAUGCGCUCUCUGAAGCACUCCCUCACGCGCUCUCUCACGCGCUCUCUCACGCGCUCUCUCACGCGCUCUCUCAUGCGCACUCUCACGCGCACUCGCUCUCUCACGCGCUCCCUCACGCGCUCUCUCACGCGCUCCCUCACGCGCUCUCUCACACGCACUCUCACGCGCUCUCUCACGCGCUCUCUCACGCGCUCGCGCUCUCUCACUCGCACUCACACGCGCACUCUCACGCGCACUCUCACGCGCACUCUCACACGCACUCUCACGCGCUCACACGCUCCCUCACGCGCUCUCUCACGCACUCUCUCACUUGCGCCCUCACGCGCUCUCUCACGCACUCUCUCACGCGCUCUCUCACGCACUCUCUCACGCGCUCUCGCACGCGCUCUUGCAUGCGCACUCUCACGCGUUCCCGUGCACACGCUCCCCCUCGCGCUCCUCUUCUUUAA